AUGAAGAGCACGCCGCUUAUCAUCAAUUGGCAUGACCAGAAUGCCCCAGUCUACUCGGCCCAUUUUGAGCCCAACGGCAAGGGUCGACUAGCUACGGCUGGAGGAGACAAUAACGUGAGACUCUGGAAGGUAGACAGCGAUGGAGAAGAUCGAAAGGUCGACUACUUGUCAACCUUGAGCAAGCACACACAGGCUGUGAAUGUCGUUCGAUGGGCCCCCAAAGGUGAGAUCCUUGCUUCCGCCGGCGACGACGGCAAUGUCAUCAUAUGGGUCAUGUCCGAACACAGCGGCCCUGCUUUUGGCAACGAGGGCCUCGAGGAUAAGGAGACGUGGAGAACCAAGCACAUGUGUCGAUCUAGCGGAUCCGAGAUUUACGACCUUGCCUGGUCUCCAGAUAGCUCCUACUUCAUCAUCGGAAGCAUGGACAACAUUGCUCGAAUCUACAAUGCCAGCUCUGGUACUCUUGUGCGCCAGAUUGCCGAGCAUAGCCAUUACGUUCAAGGUGUCGCAUGGGAUCCUUUGAACGAGUACAUCGCAACCCAGUCCUCCGACCGAUCCGUCCAUAUCUAUUCGUUGAAAACAAAGGAUGGACAACAUACACUGAGCGGCAACCAUGACGACAAGCCCUCAAAGAUUGCAAGCCAUAACAAGAGUGACUUGCCGCCACGCCGCAUAUCCUCCAGCAGCCCUGCACCUCCCGACUUUGGCAUGAGGACCCAUCUUACUGUCGAACAGGCCAUUGGAUCCCCAGUCCCCUCCGCCCCCGGAACUCCCACCUCAAUCGCAUUGCCGAUGAACCCGCCCAGUGUGAUUAGCCAUAGCAGGAGGUCGUCAUUCUCGUCUAGACGGUCGCCUUCUCCGGCUCCGUCAAUGCCGCUCCCAGCUGUAAUGCCCAUGGAGCCUUCGCCAAAGCCUCACCCUUCCGGUGGCCUUGGUAUGAAGAACUCGACACUCUAUGCCAACGAGACACUCUCAUCCUUUUUCCGUCGCUUGACCUUCACCCCAGAUGGCAGUCUUCUGCUUACUCCAGCUGGCCAGUACCAAACUCAACACAGCUCAGAGGGAAAUACGAAGCCCACAUUUGAGGUCACCAACACCGUCUACAUUUACACGAGAGGUGGCAUCAACAAGGCGCCGAUUGCGCACUUGCCUGGUCACAAAAAGCCAUCUGUUGUGGUGAAGUGCUCACCCGUCUUUUACUCGUUGCGGACAUCGCCUCUCGUCACCAAGCAUAUCACCAUCGAUACGUCAUCCUCUGAAGAUCCCAUCCCGGCACUACCUGAACCAGUCUCGAAGCCAGUGACAUCUACUUCGGUCAUGGACCCGCCUCCGCCGCCAACCUCGGUCCCCGAGUCCGGUUCUACACCGAGCAAGGCCGAAUCUAGCGCCUCUUCCCCUGGCCCCAAGGCGGCCUUUGCCCUGCCUUACAGGAUGAUGUACGCUGUUGCAACUCAAGACGCUGUUCUUCUUUACGAUUCUCAGCAGCAGACACCAAUCUGCAUAUACUCCGGUCCCUGCUCCAAGCUCAGCAUUCGCCCCUCCGUCACCAUUUCCGAAUGGCUCGGGUCACCAUCACCGAAAUUCGGCGAGCUCUUUUACCGCCCCAUCGCCACCACCUGCUGGUCAUCAAAUGUGGUGACGAAUCCCUCAUUGAUUGUGGGCAGCGUGCCUGGCAUUGCUGUCGCCAACUCCACCAAGGUCACAGGUGUCCCCAUUACCACGCCGCCAGAGACGCCGAGGACCAAUGCUGCCACAAACCCGACCCCGGCUGCAUCAACUGCCGGUACAGCAGCAAGCGGGUCCAAACGCGAGGCAAGUGAGGGAGAGAAGGAAGAGGGCAGCGAACGCAAGAAGAGACGGAUUGCGCCUACCCUGGUGGAGCAGAAGCCGUAG